AUGACAGCAGUUCAAGAAGAGGUGCCCGAAAAUCAAGGCAAUACGCGUAGAAACGCAGACGCUGGCCAAUAUCGAUUUGAGAACAAGGAAUCGCUCGAACACGCCGUCAAUAUCCUCAUCCGACUAGGACACAUUCCGAACCUGACCAGCCUCGUACCCAAGCUGGCCGGCCGGGAUGACACGCGCCUGGAGAUUCAAAUCCCCUUCCCUACAUGCGGCCUCUGGACCGUAGUAGAAGGCCUCGACCCUGAUGCCGGCCAGGCCUCGUUACGGGUUGAACAUGUCCGCCAGCUCCGCGAUGCUCUCCUUCAUGACGUUGCCAUUCUAUGCGACUCCCAGAUUGCCUGCCAUGUUGAUACCUCCAACCUGCAGUUUGCUUGGAAGCGAAAAGGGAAAAGACGAGUACCUGUCCCUCUUCUUCAUCUCAACCAUUUCUGCCGUCAGCAGCAUAGCGUCGACAAGGAUGUCUUGAUACAGAGUAUCCGCUCCCAGUUCACGGUGCUAAAGCUCCUAGCUCACAUGGCACCCUCCUUCUCUGGCCGCUCACCUCAAAUUCAGGACUAUCAUGAUACUGGUCCUCUACCUGACCUCAACCUUGACCCUGAUCAUGUGGUCAAGAUCCUUCGAGCUGGCGUUUUACCCAUGAAACUUGAGAAUCUCAUUAUCCGUGUCAACAGAUUUUCUGCCGAACUUGCUCGAUACGCAGCUGAAGAGGCUCGGAAAUACUUGUACAUAUUACCAAAGCGAGAUGGCCCUCCGGAUCAACCUUUACAGAGUAUCGUCAUUGACUAUGCUCGUACUAUCGAACACGUGCUCAAUCUAAUUGAGGUUGCUCAUUCAUCUCCCACCAGUGAGGGCCAUCGAGCCCUCGCCACUGACGAGUCUACACUUAGGGUCAUAUAUACCGCACUUCUGGUCCAGGCAUACUCCAACACCAUACCCCACAACUAUUCCAAGGACCUCCUUCAACUAAGGUUUCAACACGAACAUGAACAUGCUGAUGGCGACGGAGCGCUAAAUACAAUAAGAGUUGAUGAUGACAGGGAAGAAGAGGCCGCGGCUGCAGCGUAUUCGAGUUAUGAGGCGUUUUGCUCUAUGGUCGAGGCAAGGAGCAAAGCGGCCGAAGGCGUACAGAAGCUUUAUGCUCAAGGAGGGAGGUUAGACGAAAAAUGCAGGUGGUUACUUAUUCAGGACAAGGUCGAUGAACUGCUUGACCGGCAUCAUCGCAGAUGCGUCUACUAG